CUGGUCACAUGUUGUGUAUGCAUCCCUGUCAGAGGCAAUACCGAUUGCGCCUUGACUUGUUUACUGUUGAGGAGCUUCCCACCUUUAUAUAGUCAAGUGGAACCAAAUUAUUUCCGACUGGGACGCGGAUAACAGGCAAUAGCAGAGUAGUGCGAUAGGUAAGAAACUAACGGGAAGGGUGAAAGCUAGGGUUUCGGAUUUGGGAAUGGAGAAGAAGGAAUUGGACACCACCAACAACGCUAAGGCUGCUCUUCACCCCCUCAAGAACAAAUUCGUACUUUGGUACACUCGUAGAACACCUGGAGUUCGAAACCACACCUCAGAUUCGUACGAGGACAGCAUCAAGAAAAUUGUCCAUUUCAGUACCGUUGAAGGAUUUUGGGUCUGCUAUUGCCAUCUUUCUCGCCCUUCUUCCUUGCUAGUUCCCACUGAUUUGCACCUUUUUAAGGAAGGAAUUCGCCCUUUGUGGGAGGAUUCUGCUAACUGCAAUGGUGGUAAGUGGAUUAUUCGAUUCAAUAAGGUUGUCUCAGGCCGGUUUUGGGAAGACCUGGUUCUUGCCUUAGUGGGUGACCAACUAGAUUAUGGAGAUGACAUUUGUGGUGCAGUACUAAGCAUUCGUUUCAACGAAGACAUAGUGAGUGUCUGGAAUCGCAAUGCUUCCGAUAAUCAGGCUAUAAUGGGUCUGAGAGAUUCAAUAAAGCGUCAUUUAAAGCUUCCCCAUGGAUAUGUUAUGGAGUACAAGCCCCACGAUGCCUCUCUGCGUGACAACUCCUCUUACAGAAACACUUGGUUGAGAGGCUAGAGAUACGUUUCUUCUAGACGCUGCUGAUACAGAAGCUCUUAUAUACUGGCGCAGCUGUCACUCGGUUGGGGAAUCAAUGACAUAAGGCUACAAUCAAAUGAUUAUAGUGGAGCUGGUUUCUGCAUUCUGAAUUCAAAUGCGCGGCAUCAACAUUGUGACUGCUUUUAGUUGUAGGUUUCAUCCCUAGUUUCUGUAGUAUAUAGCAGUCCUUUGUUGUGAAUAAAGUUUUCUUCUCACGCUUGGGCCUUCAUGGUGUGCUUGCAGCGCUAUUUCAUCUGAUGAUAGAUCCAUGUUGCAUUUUGAUUUUUGAUAUGAUAAUCUUUGAAAAAUUUUAAGUGUCCUCAAAACUAUUGGUAUGAUAUUAUGGAUGACAUUUUAUAUAAAAUGGCUCUCGGGGUAAAAGAUACAACUCAAUUUUACUUA